AUGUCUGCGAAGUCUUUAUAUGCAUUGACUUUAAUCAUUCACGAAGAUCACUCACCCGAAUCUAUUGUCUCCAUUGUAGACACAUUUAUCGCAGACUCAUUGCAUGCCAGUUUUGGCAAAACUCAACUUUCCCCACGUGCGUGGGACUAUGAACUCGAAUUGGAAAAUUACGAGGAGGCGCUUAGCUUGGUCAAAUCUCAUUGUUUGAGUCAGCCAUACGACUUGAUCCUUCAACCGAGCUUAACAAGAAGAAAUAAGCAGUUGUUUAUUUUUGAUAUGGAUUCGACAUUGAUUUACCAAGAGGUUAUUGAAUUGAUUGCAGCUUAUGCAGGCAUUGAAGAUAAAGUUGCUGAAAUCACAACUCGAGCAAUGAAUGGUGAGAUAGAUUUCAAUGAGAGCUUGAAAGAGCGUGUUAGUUUACUUCGUGGAAUAGACUCAACAACGAUUUGGAAAGAGUUGGAGGAAAAGAUUGAGAUCACUAAUGGUGUGAAACCGUUGAGUAAAGCUUUGAAAAAGUUGGGGUGUGUAUUGGGUGUUUGCUCUGGUGGCUUUAUACCCUUGGCUGAGCAUGUGAAAAACGAGUUGGGAUUGGAUUAUGCAUAUGCAAACACUUUGGGAGUCGAUGAAAACAACAUUUUGAAUGGAGAAACAAUUGGUGACAUUGUCAAUGGGGAAAGGAAAGCCGAACUUUUAUUAGAAAUAGCUCAAAAGCAUGCCAUUGACCCUAAAAAUGCAGUUGCCAUAGGUGACGGCGCCAAUGAUUUGAAAAUGAUGUCAGUUGCUGGGUUUGGUAUUGCAUGGAAUGCGAAACCAAAGGUACAACUACAAGCGCCAUCUUGUUUAAAUACAAAAUCGUUACUUGAUGUGUUGUACAUUUUGGGUUACAGCGACGUGGAUAUUAAAGAUUUAAUAGAGUAG